CCCUCCGCAGCCAUGUCCCACAUCGCCGUCGAAAGGAACAGGAGAAGGCAGAUGAACGAGCAUCUCAAGGUCCUGCGCACCCUCACCCCUUCCUUCUACAUCAAGAGGGGAGACCAAGCAUCCAUCAUCGGAGGAGCCAUAGAGUUCAUCAAGGAGCUGCAGCAGGUCCUGCACUCCCUGGAGGCCAAGAAGAAGCGUAAGAGCUUGAGCCCCAGCCCCACUCCGAGCCCACGGCCGCUUCUCCAGCUGACACCAUCACCGACGUCCAGCAGCCCCGACACGGUCAAGGAGCUCGGCGCCUGCUGCAACUCCCCCGUCGCGGAUGUCGAGGCCAAGCUUUCCGGCUCCAACGUGCUUCUGAGGACGCUCUCCAAGCGCAUCCCGGGUCAGGUGGUCAAGAUCAUCACCGUCCUCGAGAGGCAGGCGUUCGAAAUCCUCCACCUCAACAUCAGCAGCAUGGAAGACACCGUGCUCUACUCCUUCGUCAUCAAGAUUGGACUCGAAUGCCAACUGAGUGUGGAAGAGCUUGCGUUAGAGGUCCAAAGGAGCUUUUGCGAAGAGAUUGGGUACCCAAGAAGCUUAGGUGAUGCAUGUACUAUAGAUGAUUGAA